AUGAGGGUCUCCGAUGACCUUAACUGGAGGAAAUAUGGAUCCACAGCGAGCGAUGAUUUAGGGGACGAACUCCGAGGGGAGAGAGGUCUGAACAUACAAUCCAACGACACGCCAUCUCAUAGUGACUACCUUCUUGCUGACAUCUUUGUACCCUUGCCAUCUGAGAAAAGUAUCAUCAUUCACCCACCUUCUCCAAACCAAACACCACCCUUUGAGCCUUCCAAAACCCUUGACAAAGGCAAAGCCCCUAUAAGCCUUGACCCAGCACCUACUUCUUGCCCCAGUUCUUCUUCUGCACCCGAGUGGAAAGACGUUGAAAUUGUUGAGUCUUCCAUCUGGCCCGUACCUCACUAUUCUCUGAGAAUCCCUGUACUUUCUACUAGUGAAUCUGGACCCUCUACACGAUGCCCAUCACCACCACCUCUGCCCAUUUCUCGUUCACCACCACCCACCAUUGGUUGGAUUGAUAACAACCCGGAUGACUUGUCGCCCUCCCUUCGUCCUCAACCAGCAGCUGAUUCUCCUGACUCUGAUGGAAUGGAAUCCAACCCUAGUAAGGAUUCUCUCCAUUAG